AUGGUCGAGUACUCGCAGAUGCCCCCCAUUCGCCAGGGUCUGCACAACCUGAAUCAUAGGCUCGUUGCGCUCCACCACUUCCAGGGAAAUGCGUACUGGGCCGAGCUUGCGGAUGCCGAUGGGAGCGUUUCGGAUUCUGUGGUGCCCCCGUAG